AUGAGAACAUUUAAUGUUACUGGCUUUAGGGAGGUGGAGGUUGUUGGGCAGCAUUCCCACACUGGCCAGCCAUGCCCUCGUGAACAGGCGAGGGUAGGCAUCAGCCUGCAGGAAGUUUGUUGUUCUUGUGAAAUACAGCUGCUGGAUUCCAAGUACCUGAGCAGCAAGGCCUUUCAGUCCCAUGUGCUGGGUGAUGCCAUGAGUGCCCUGGACCAUGCUUUGGAGACUGCCUUCUUCUUGAUGACAAAUGAUGAAAUUGCAAGAGUAGUUGUGUGUCUGUCUGGCAAGCUGGUGAAUGUGUCGCAGGAUGUCAGUGUUACGUGCAUUGCCCACCUCAGAAUUGAGGAGAAUAGCAGGCCUGUUUAUGAACUUACUCCAGCUGACAAGUUAGGUAUAGCAAUGAAAUAUAAAAACAUGGGUGUUUCCCUCUAUAAGGAAGGGUUGUUGCACAAGCAGACUUUAGCUUUUUUUGUGUUUAGUGAUGCUGUGAAGUGGCUGUGCAUGAUACCACCUGAUGAGGACAAGGACUUUCUCCAAGAAGUGAUGACAGUAAAGAUGCAGUGUUAUAACAAUAUUGCGCUGUUUCACUUGCAGCACCAUAAUUACAACCUUUGUGUUGUGGCAACCACAGUUGUGCUGAAUGUUGAUGAAAGGAACGUGAAAGCUUUGUAUCGCAGAGCUGUGGCCAGCACUGAGAUGCAAAAUUAUGAACCGGCAGUGGAGGAUCUGAAGGCUGCUCUGCUUUUGGAUCCCAACAGCAAGCUUCUGAAGAGACAACAGGAAGUGAUCAAAAGGAAGCAGAAAGACCUUACAGAUAAAUAUGCUGUGGCAAUGAAAAAGAUGUUUUCCUGAUCACUUUUUAUUAUAGUAACUUUUUGAUGCAGUGUUCAUUACUGGAGAAUCUGCCGGCACUCCUCAGAGUAUUAGUUACAAGAAAAUUGUUAUUGCAAAAAAAAAAAAAAAUGUAUUUAGAUUUUGUAUUGAAUAUACAUAUAGAGCAGAAUUAUUUAAGACAAUGGAAUGACAAACUCU